CCUGCGGACUAGCGGAUUGUGUGCAAGUAGCUCGAAGAGGUUAUAGCCUGCGUACUACGAGAGACAUCAUGGUUAUCACACGCAAUGGGGCGAGUUCGAGCGGUGCGAGUGACGAGGAGAUUCGUCAGAUUAUUCAGGAAGAGGUAGCUGCGGCGGUCCGGGCUGAGAUCCCGGAGAUGUUUGGGUCUAUUAAGACCACGUUGAUGGAGGAGUUUGAGGAGCGGUGCGCCGCAAUUUCUGAAGCUGCAGUUGCUGCCGCUACCGCAGCGGUGGCUGCUGCCAGGCCGCAAGGGGGUGAUUCAUUACCAUUCAGGGAAUUCAGCAACACGAAACCCCCUGAAUUUGAUGGGACGCAGGAUCCGAUUGCAGCCAUGAGGUGGAUCGCCGACAUCGAGGGGUGCUUCUAUACUUGCUCAUGCCCGGAACACUUGAGGGUACGGUUCGCCUUGAACCAGCUCCGUCUGGGAGCGAAGGAUUGGUGGAAGUUCGUGACGGUGAACUUCACUCAGGCAGAGAUUACGGCAGUGACAUGGGAGAGGUUUACGGAGAUGUUCAGGGAUGAGUACGUUCCCCCGGUAGAGAGGGAGCGGUUGAUUCAGGAGUUCUUGACCCUUAAGCAGGGUACUGAUUCCGUGGCAGUGAUCACACGGAAGUUUCAUGAGAGGGCAAUGUUCUGCCCCGAGCUGGUAUCUACGGAGCAGUCGCGGAUGAGCCGCUAUUUGGGUGUUUUGAAGAGGGAGAUUCGGGAGUUUGUGUCAAACUCCACCUAUCGCACUUUCACUGAGCUUUAGGCGAACGCCAGAAAGCGCGAGAUUGAGUUGGAGACUCAAGCGAGGGAGGAGGCCGAGUCUCGGCAGGUG